AAUCAGUAUAUCGUGUCAAAAAUUUCUGGAAGGCUGCGGAUUGAUUUUGCGGUUCAUAGCUCUUUCAUCAUCCGCUCCAGUAAGGAAAAACAACGUCUAAGCACAUGCGUCGCCUCAGACAAAGAGUGGACGGAUUGGGAUUUUGGGAAGCGUCUUUUCGCCUUUGGCUUCUAGCUCUGUCUUCUGUAUGCUUAUUGCCUUGUCUUUUAUAUGAAAAUAUUUGUAUAAUUAUCAUCAGUUUCGUGAUUCUUGUUAAAUUCAGUGGCUAAGGUGCGAUUCAUUGCCACAUUCAAUCUGGAGAUUGAUUGAUUGAUUGCCUCAUAAUUAGAAAAUAUCUUCCAUCCAUUGCGAACUCGGAAGUACAAUCUCGAGUUAACUCACUUUCUCUAUCUCUGUUUCUGUUCUUUCUCGCUUGAAGCAAUUAACUAUGUUGAGUUGGGAAUGCCUGCAGUGAUACCAGUGGCACUUCGCUCCUUGGAGGAAUAAUGGGUUCUAUUCGCGCUCCGCAUUGUUCUAUAACUUCUUCGCAUAUUCAUUUGUGUAAUAGGUUCCCACUCCCACGUACUUUGAAUUGCCACCACCAUCACCAGCUGCAGUGCCGUAAAAACCCUUUUCAUUUGACUAUUUUUUCCGAACCUGGGUGUCUUUCUUCUUUUUGUAAUUAUAAUAGACAGGUCGUCAGUGGGGCUUUCUCUGCUUCUCAAGGAACUAUCAGGGAAGAUGUAGAGCAAAAGAUGACUGGGGAACUGGGAAGUGGCGGGAAGGUUCUUCUGAAGGUGAGGUUGGCUCACCAAGUUGAAUUUGGGGAGUCUGUAGCAAUUCUAGGGUCAUCUGAAGAAUUGGGCUCUUGGAAGAAUUGUGUUCUUCUGAAUUGGAGUGAGGAUGGGUGGGUUUGCGAUUUAGAGCUUAGAGGGGAUGAGCAAGUCGAGUUCAAGUUCGUCAUUGUGGGAAAGGAUGGGAGUGUGUUGUGGGAAUCUGGAGAUAACCGGGUUCUCCAUCUGCCUAAGAUAGGGAAAUUUAGCUCAGUUUAUCAAUGGAAUCAAACUGGUGAGGCUGUUGAAAUGUUGGCUUUGGAUGUUGAAGAGGUUAGUGAAGAAGAUGAAAUAUUGCCUUUGGACGUAGAGGAGGUUAGUGAAGGAGAUAAAAUGUUGGCUUUGGAUGUAGAGGAGGUUAGUGAAGAAGAUGAAAUGUUGCCUUUGGAUGUAGAGGAGGUUAGUGGAGGAGAUAAGAUGUUGGCUUUGAAUGUAGAGGAGGUUAGUGAAGGAGAUAAGAUGUUGGCUUUGGAUGUAGAGGAGGUUAGUGAAGGAGAUAAAAUGUUGGCUUUGGAUGUACAGGAGGUUUGCGAAGGAGAUAAAAUGUUGGCUUUGGAUGUAGAGGAGGUUAGUGAAGGAGAUCAAAUGUUGGCUUUGGAUGUACAGGAGGUUAGCGAAGGAGAUAAAAUGUUGGCUUUGGGUGUCGAGGAGGUUAGUGAAGGAGAUAAAAUGUUGGCUUUGGGUGUCGAGGAGGUUAGUGGAGGAGAUAAAAUGUUGCCUUUGGGUGUCGAGGAGGUUAGCGAAGGAGAUAAAGGGUUGCCUUUGGAUGUAGAGGAGAUUAGUGAAGGAGAUAAAAUGUUGCCUUUGGAUGUAGUGAAGGUUAGUGAAGGAGAUGAAAUGUUGCCCCUGAAAGCAGAAGAGAUUAAUGGGGAUGGAACGUCUCCUUUGGAUGCAAAGGAUUUCACUGAAGGAAAUGAAACAUCGCCUUCGGAUGCAAAGGAGAUUGCUGAAGGAGAUACAACCUUGCCUUCAGAUACAAUGGAAAUCGCUGAAGGAGAUACAACCUUGCCUUCGGAUGCAAAGGAUAUUAAUGAAGGAGAAGAAACUUUGUCUUUUGAUUCAAAGGGGAUCGAAGAAGGAAAUGAAACGUUGCCACUGGAUGCAAAAGAGGUCAACAAAGGAGAUGAAAUGUUCCCUUUUAAUGUGAAGGGGAUCGACGAGGGAGAUGAAAAGGACAGGGAUGUUGAAGCUGGCAAUGGGCCUUUGGUAGAAGAUGAGGCCAGUCCUUUUGUUGGGCAGUGGAAAGGGAAUCUGGUACACCCCAACCGGGAAUCUGAGGGGAUUUGGGACACUUCUGGUCUUGAGGGGUUAGCUCUACAGUUGGUAGAAGGAGAGAAAAAUGCCAGGAAUUGGUGGAGAAAGCUUGAAGUUGUGCGUGAAUUAUUAGUCGAAAAUGUGCACGCUGAGGAGUGCCUGGAGUCAUUGAUAUAUUCUGCUAUCUACCUUAAGUGGAUAAAUACAGGUCAAAUCCCUUGUCUUGAAGAUGGGGGUCAUCACUGGCCAGAUAGGCAUGCUGAAACUUCUAGGAUUAUAUUUCGCGAACUAGAACGAUCGUUGUCCAAGAAAGAUAUUUCUCCCCAGGCAUCUCUCGUAGUCCGAAAAAUUCAUCCAUGUUUGCCGUCUAUUAAAUCAGAAUUUACUGCAUCUGUUCCUUUAACACGUAUACGAGAUAUUGCUCAUCAGAACGAUAUCCCUCAUGAUCUCAAGGAAGAAAUCAAACAUACAAUACAAAACAAGCUUCAUCGCAAUGCUGGCCCAGAGGACUUACUUGCCACAGAAGCAAUGCUUACAAGGAUAACCAAAAACCCUGGAGAAUAUAGUGAAGUCUUUAUAGAGCAGUUCAAAAUAUUCUACCAAGAAUUGAAAGAUUUCUUCAAUGCUGGGAGCCUUGCAGAACAACUUGAAUCAAUCAAGGAGUCUGUUGAUGGACAUGGCUUGUCGGCUCUUGCCUACUUCUUGGAGUGCAAAAAGAACUUGGAUGCUGCAGAUGAGUUGGGCAGUUCUUUCCAAAACCAAGGCACUGCCCUGGUUUUCAAAACCAUUCAAUCAUUGAAUGCUUUGAGAGAAAUACUCAUAAGAGGUCUUGAAAGUGGCUUGAGAAAUGAUGCUUCUGAUACAGCAAUAGCCAUGCGGCAAAAAUGGCGUCUUUGUGAGAUCGGGCUUGAGGACUAUUUGUUUGUUCUUCUUAGCAGAUUUAUAAAUGUGAUGGAGGCAACAAGGGGUGGUGAUAUGCUGGUAGAAAAUGUGAAGUCAAAGAAUGUAAGCUAUUGGAAUGAACCACUGGAUGCCAUUAUUUUUGGUACUCAUCAGCUGGGCUUAUCUGGUUGGAAGCCAGAAGAGUGCGUGGCUAUCGUAAAUGAGAUUCGUGCUUGGAAGGAGAGAGGUCUCGCUGAAAGGGAAGGAAGUGAAGAUGGCCCAACUAUCUGGGGAUUGAGGCUUAAGGCUACUCUUGAUAGAACAAGGAGGCUGACUGAGGAAUAUUCUGAAGCGCUUCUUCAAAUAUUCCCUGAGAAAGUUAAGAUGCUUGGAAAAGCGUUUGGGAUCCCUGAAAACAGCGUGAGAACAUAUACUGAAGCUGAAAUUCGUGCUAGCGUAAUUUUUCAGGUAUCGAAGCUAUGCACGAUUCUUUUGAAAGCAAUCAGAACCGCACUUGGAUUGCAGGGUUGGGAUGUUCUUGUGCCAGGAUCUGUUGAAGGAACAUUUGUUCAGGUUGAGAGGAUUGUCCCAGGGUCUCUUCCAACAUCCAUAGAAGGGCCUGUUAUUCUUAUGGUUAACAAAGCCGAUGGCGAUGAAGAGAUAACAGCUGCUGGGAGCAACAUAACAGGAGUUGUGCUACUACAGGAACUACCUCAUUUAUCUCAUCUUGGUGUAAGGGCUCGACAAGAAAAAGUUGUAUUUGUUACAUGUGAGGACGACGAAAGAAUUUCUGUUCUGCAGAAACUUCGCGGGAAUUUUGUGAGGAUGGAAGCAUCGGCAACUUCUGUUCAUAUAUAUCCUCCAUCAGAUACAAGCACUGAUAACUUUCCUGCCAGAACUGCUCCAGACGAGUAUGUGUUUAGUUUUGAAAAGUCCAGUAUGCAAGACCCCUUAUUACCUGCCUCUGGAGCUCCUUACCCGACACUGGUGACGUAUAAUGCAGUCAAAUCGUUCCUCAAUGACGGAAUUUCUUCUGGAGUGGUACAGCUUGCUGAUGCAGAUGCUCGAAUUGCAGGAGCAAAAGCUGCCAUUUGUGGUCGUUUGGCUUCUUUGGCUGCCAUCUCUGAUAAAGGUUUUACAAGUCUACAAAUUCCAGCUGCGUUUCGAGUUCCUGCAGGUGCAGUGAUUCCAUUUGGUUCUAUGGAAUUAGCACUCACUCAAACUAAUUCCAUGGAAAAGUUCAUAUCUAUUUUGGAACAAAUCGAAACAGCAAAAGUAGGAGUGGAACUAGAUGAACUUUGCAAACAACUCCAUGACUUGGUGUCUUCUCUGCAAUUGACACAAGACAUAAUUGAUAGUUUAGGGACAAUAUUUCCUGAAGAUGCACGCUUAAUCGUCCGUUCGAGUGCGAAUCUCGAGGAUUUGGCUGGCAUGUCAGCUGCUGGACUUUACGAGUCAAUUCCAAAUGUAAGUUUGAGAGAUCCAACUGUUUUUAGAAACGCUGUAAGCGAAGUAUGGGCGUCGUUGUACACUCGAAGAGCAGUUCUAAGCAGACGAGCUGCUGGAGUACCUCAGAAGGAUGCUUUAAUGGCAGUACUGGUACAAGAACUGCUUUCUCCUGAAUUAUCAUUUGUUCUGCACACAUACAGCCCAACCAACCAAAAUGGCAAGUAUGUUGAGGCUGAAAUUGCCUGUGGACUUGGCGAAAUUCUAGCGUCUGGCGCCCGUGGCACGCCGUGGCGACUUUCGUCCGGGAAGUUUGAUGGUUUAGUACAAACACUGGCCUUUGCAAACUUCAGUGAUGAACUAAGAGUUCUUGCUGAUGGUCAAAUGGCACGUUUUACUGUAGAUUACAGCAAAAAGCCAUUGUCUAUCGACCCGAAAUUUCGUAAGCAGCUAGGUCGACGUCUUUGCUCUGUUGGGUAUUUCUUGGAAUGCAAGUUUGCCUGCCCACAGGACGUCGAAGGCUGCGUCGUCGGGGAUGACAUUUAUAUUGUCCAAGCACGCCCGCAGCCAUUGUAGAACGUUCAAUGUUUUUAAUGGCCAAGUUCUUGGAGCCAGAGAGAUGAAAUGGUGAAGUUAGAAAAUAUCAUUCUGUCUGGGCCUAAAUGCAUAUAGGUAAUCUUAGUAUGGUUUGAGCCGAAGAAAUAAUGUCACUCGAUCAUUAUCAAAUCGAUUACAUUAUUUCUUAUGUUUGUAAAGAUCUCACCAGAGCGCCUUAUACAACCAAAUAGGCCAUAAAGUAGAUCGGAAUUAUUUUCUGCAAGUCCAUAAGAAGUGAUCUUAUUUUUUUCAUCGUCUGAGUAGAGACUAAAAGUCUUGAACGACCGAUCCAGUAAAAUUAUGUUCGAGUCAA